ACGUUACAUGUUGUGGGUGUAUAAUAUAGUGAUGGAUGUAAGCGACGAUCAAUAACAACAGAUAUGGCAGCUCCCCAGGAUAGUUGUAUGUCUGGGAAAGAUAACACUGCCGACAUUCAUUCUAAUACAAAAGAAACUUUCAAGGAUCCAUUAACUAGUGCUUUGGAUAAAGACAGUGAAGAUGAGCUUGAAAGCCUGGAUUUAGAUACGUCGUCAAAGUCUGAAAUGACUGUGUCUUGUAGUUCAAGUCUAAUAGCCAACUUCAAAUUGGAUGAUGACUUUGAUUCAGAAACUAGGGAUUUAUUUGUUAUGGUUGAUAAUCCCGAGAAACACACAAGUACCUUGGAAUCCUAUAUAACAUUCCGGAUUAACACUAAAACUACAAGGGAGGAAUUUGAUACACAUGAAUACUGUGUGAGGCGUAGAUACAAUGACUUUGUAUGGUUACGUCAGAGAUUGGAAGAUGGUUAUCCGACACAUUUGGUGCCUCCUCUGCCUGCUAAACACAGCCUACGGCGUUUGGACCGUUUCAGUUCUGAGUUUCUACGAGUUCGACAACAAGCAUUACAGAAAUUCCUCACCCGAAUCGCUGAUCAUCCAGUCUUGUCCUUUGAUAAACAUUUUCAUGUAUUUCUCACUGCUAAAGCUUGGGAAUUCAAUGCCCAUAAAAAGAAAGGACAAGGUUUGAUCAGCCGAGUCACCAACUCCCUUCACAACAUAAGUGCUUCAUACAUGAUGAAAAACCGGCCUCCUGAGUUUGCAGUGAUGCAUGACUACGUGCAGUCUUUUGGUGAUAAACUUGCAUCAGUAGAUAGGAUUACUCAGCGAAUACUCAAAGAACAGAGUGAAUAUGUAGAAGAAUUGAAUGAUUGGAGUCCAGUGUAUACACUUUGGUCGAAUUCUGAAGAUAAACUGACCCCAGCUCUUCUUACAAUGUCCAGAGCAAUUGAAGCAAAUUGUGUGGCCAUUAAAGAAUCUAUUGAUGAAAUUGAAGAAUCAUUUUGCCAACCCCUCAAAGAAUAUAUGUUAUAUACUGAAGCUGUAAAGACAGUUUUACGUCGUCGUGAUGCUAUCCAAGCAGAAUAUGAUUGGACUAUAGAUGAACUUGACAAGAAAAAAGAUGAAAGAGAACAGUUAAAAGUCUCAGACCAGUCCUUCUCCCUGGGAGCAUUUUUAGGCAAGGAUCCAGAUGAUGUCAAACAGCAAAAACAGAUCAAGCUGGAAAAAAAUAUUCAUGAGCUUACUCAAAAUGUGGAAAUCCUCAAUGACAAAUCUGCCUGUGCUAAUGCUGAUUUGAAGGCUGAUAUGGAGCGCUGGCAUAAGACCAAACAUAGGGACUUGAGAGAAAUUUUCGUUGCUCUUGCAGACAAGCAAGUUGAACGGUAUGAAAAGUGUCUCCAUGCCUGGGAAGAUGCCAUCCGUAGAAUUCAAGCCAACGCUGAUAUUACGAAGCCCACUUGUGAUGAGAUUCAGACGAUUGGUGAAGUAAGGGAUUCCAUGUCUCCCCAGUUGACCCCUUCUCACGUGAUGUCAGUGGACACCGAUGGCGAUACAGGUGCUGAGGCAGCGUGUGUUGAUGCUGAUGCCGAUGGGGAUCACCCAGCCGUUCCUCCGCUUCCUCCCAAAGACGUCUACGAAGGAAGUGCGAAAGGAGACGGGGGGGACACCUCCACUGCCAACAACACCGGCAACAACAACAACAACAACAGGAGCAGUACAUGAAAGCCAAAAUGAAGCGGGGACAUAAGGAAUCACUCAUCUCUUUUACUAUUUAAAUUAUUCCAUAAUAAUUAUCUCCAUUUCACUCCCACCCACCCCUAUUUUCUCUGAUCCUAUGAAAGGGUCGAUAACUUCUCAGGUGGUCCCUGUUCUCUUACAUAUAUUAAAAAAGACCCCUAGGGACCUACAGCAGCUGUUGAUGAUGAAAUUGAUGCAAUAUAAUCGACCGUUCAUAGAGCAGAGACUGAAAUAUAUUAUUUUAGAAGUCCUAACUCAUCAUCAUCAUGUACAUCAUCACUAUCAUCAUCAUCAUUAUAAUCAUUAUCUCUAUCAUCUGAUCUGUUCAGUAUACACCAUGAUCUCAUUUCAAUAUGGCUUCAGUUACCACAUGUCAAAGGUGUAUUUGUGUGUGAGUGCAAUUAUAACUGCAGUCUGAUGUGCACAGGUGUUUAAUUAUGUGGUUGUGUAGCACAUAAGAUGUCUUGUCAUCUGUUCUCUUUCUCUCACUGAUAAUUAUAGUUGUGUAGUUGUGGUGAGCACGUGUGUGUGUGCUACACACUUUAUGCAUUGUUAAACACAGUAAGAUGAGAUAUAUUUAUUUGCAAUUUUUUUUCUUAUUGUAUGGAAAGAAGGGCAUUAUCCAUACUCCCAAGGAAGGGCAUUUCAUAUCAGAGAUAAAAUGGAAUUUUUUUUUUGUAGAUUGAAGUUUGGAAAAAUUGGAGGUUAGUGCAUGAACAGAAAGAGUGAGUGAGAUAACGAUAGAGAAAGUUCUAUUGGAUGGAGGCACCAGUCUUUUGGACAAAGGACCAUAUGCAGAGUUUUAAUGCAGGGUAUGGAGAAAUGACAGGCUGUUCUCUCUUUCUCCUCUCUGAAAUCUCUAUAGUUACAGGUGCUGAUGUCCUAAAGAUGCUAUCAGAUAAUUCCCCCCUUUUUCAAAAAGUUAGUUUCAUUUGUCAAAUCAAGUAUUUGCUGAUGUUGUAUCUUAUUUAUUACAAUUCAAUAUUGUUCAGAGUUGGAUCAAAUGCUGUGGAGGCCAGAGGCCAGUGGAUGGUAGACUUAAAAAAAAAA